GUUGGCCGCGGUCACGGAACGGGCCCGCCCGCCCGCCCGCCGGCGUUCCGGCGUCCGCCGUUGCCCGGGGAACGGGAACCGGAAGGGGAAGAGGAGCACCGAGGGCGGCGUGGAUGGGCCUUCUCCGGACAGUGGGGGAAGGUGGGACUUGCCCUCCACACAGGAGAUUGGGGAUCGCGGCUUCUGGAGUACGAGUUUAUUUCAGGAGUGAAGCUUCCAUCCACUUGUCAAGUGCUCUUCAGGAGAGAGUUUCUUGUAACCUAAUUUUCUAGCAUUAACAUCUAUACAGCUGCGCUCUGCAAUGGAAGAUCUUGCCAAACAGUCAUCUGAACUGGAUGUAGAUCUAUGUAGCACUAAAAUGGAGCUGCAAAAAAUGUUAAUUGAUGAGAGAAUGAGAUGUGAACAUCACAAAAGCAACUAUCAAAUCUUGAAGGCUGAACACACAAGGUUGCAGAAUGAAUAUACAAAAGCCCAGAAUGAGCUAAGACGAAUGGAGACGGACAAACAAACCACUCAUGAGAAAUUUCAACUACUUCUUGCUGAACUUCGUGGGGAAUUAUUAGAUAAAACGAGAGAACAUGAGGAACUGAAAAUGCAGAUAGUGACACCUCAAAAACUGGAGAUAUUAAAAUCACAAAUGCAACAAGAUCUAGAGGCACCUAUGCGAGAGCGCUUCAGAAAACAAGAAGAGGAAGUUGAAAGAUACAGAGCAGAAUAUAAUAAAAUGCGAUAUGAAAACACUUUCCUAAAAUCAGAGAUGGAGCAUCAAAGGGAAGAGAAUGAACGUGUCCUGAAUGAGAAAGUGAUCAAAUUUGAAGCUGAGAUUGCUAGAUUGGAAGCUGACAAACAAGCUCUGCACGACCAGAUAAUGAGUAUUGAUCCCACUAGAGAUAAUAAACGUGUUGAAGUACUCUUGAGGGAAAAGGUCCAACUCUGCCAGAAAGUCAAGUGCCUUGAAGCUGAAGUUGCAGAGAUUCGUGCUCAGAGAGAAGAUUCUGGUGCUCAAGCUGAGAAUGUGCAGAGAAUUCAAGUGAGACAGUUGGCUGAAUUCCAAAGUUCUAUGAAAUCUUUGGAGGCAGAGAAGCAAUCACUUAAACUGCAUCUGGAGCGCCUGGAGAAGGAACUGCAGCAGCUCCUUGAACAGAACACCCAGUUGACUAGCAAGUUGCACAAAUCUGAGCGAGAGGUUAAUGCUUUGUCUAUCAAACUAGAAGAAUGCAAACAUUCCCAUAAGCUGGAAGUUACAAACAUCAAACUAGAAGCAGCAAAAGCCAAAGGAGAAAUUGAAAGAGAAAGAGAUAACAUGCAAAGCCAAUUGGAUGGUUUGCAGUCAGAUAAUGAAAUUCUGAGGGCCAACAUUGAAAGGCACAAAGAGCUUAUGGCAGAAAAAGAAAGAGAGCUGAUCCGGAAAGUUCAGGCUGCUAAAGAAGAUGAUUUCCAGAAACUUGCAGCACUACAAGAUGAAAAAUUGGAACUGGAAAAUAAAGUUGCUGACCUGGAGAGACUAAAGGCUGAACAGGAUAUAACAUGGCAGGCUGAAAAGGAACACCUGGGAGAAAAAAUACAUGCUGUGCAUUUAGAAGAGGAGGCAGCCAAGAGGGAGAUCUUGAAUCUCAGGUCGAAACUUCAACAACACAUACAUCGGAUCAGUGAACUUGAGAAAGAAAAGAAUGACAGUGAUGAACUAAUUCAGCAAAUCAAUGAACUACAGAUCCAGUUUAACACUGUGUCACAGUCGGAAAACGAUUUACUGGAGAACAAUAGGAAGCUACGAGAAAUGCUUGAUCGCUUAAAGGAGGAAGUGCGAGAUGGAAGAAGCAAAGCAGAACGAGCACAGCAGGAAGCUGAGAAACUGGUGGAUGACAGGCAUGCUGAGUGGUUGGAAGAGAGGCAUAAGCUGCAGAGUCGGAAUGCAGAAAUGGAGGAGAAGUACAGCCAGGCCAAAGAGCGACUGCAGCGUGCAGCUGUAGCUCAGAAGAAGAGGAAAACAUUGAAUGAAAGUAAGCAGAAACGGUUACAGGAAAAGGUACAACUGCUGGAAGCAAAAAAAGAAGAGCUGGAAAUUGAGAAUCGCACAUAUAAGCAAAAUGUUCCCUAUGAAAAUCAUACUAGACUUCAGAAGAGGUUAAAAGAUUUACAGCGACGACACAAUGAAUUCCGAAGUCUCAUUUUGGGAGCAAACUUUUCAUCUAAUAGUCGGGGCAAUUCGGUCAAUUUUCUACCACCUACCUUGAUGCAAAGCAAUGACACAACCUUCGGAAACAUUCAGGAAGAGCAGCAUCAAAAGGAGCUGAGUUUGAUUCGCAGGCGGCUGGAAGAACUCGAGACCAAUCAAAAGCAGCAGUUGCAUGAACUUGGAGCUCUUGAUUGACAGAUUUUUGAAUAAGGCAUUUCAGUCAUAAAAGACAAAUAACAGUAAUUUGGUGCUAUUUAUUGUACAACUGUGAUUUAAAUAUUAUAUGUAUUGAGAAGUCUAUGUAAAACUGGUUUAUGACACAAUACACACAUGACACAUAUGUCUUUGCAUAUAAUUUAUUAUGCCUUGAGAAGAGUUGUGAUUUGAUAGUGUGGACAGGAUAAUUUGUUAUUCAGCUAAUACCUUUCAAAUCUGUAGACAUUUUCCGUUAGAAUGAUUUCAUGAGAAAACCAUCUUGCUGUCUUCAGGUGAUUUCUGCAUUUAUACAUUCAAAAAAUUGAAAGGUGAAGUAUGACCUUGGAGUCUAAUGGUAUAUGCUUUGAAAUUUUCUAAUUUGUUGUAUGAAAGUUCAGAAAAGAUGCUUGAUCAGUCAGGGCAUCAAAGGGUAUGGUGAGAAGGCAGCUGUAUGGGAUUGAGUGGGAUCGGCCAUGAUGGAAUGGCAGAGCAGACUUGAUGGGCUGAGUGGCCUAAUUCUGCUCUUAUGUCAUAUGAUCUUAUGGACAACUCUGUAGUCUGGAGUUUUGGUUCCUUAAUCUAGACGUGUCAUCCAGUUCUGAGAAUGGUGACACAACUUUCUUCCAAGUUCUGGCAUCUAUAUCCAGAUACUUGAGUGCAAGAAUAAUCUGGCUUUAUCAAUUACUUACCAGUAGGAAAUAUGUCCUUAAAUAAUCUGUUAUUGGCCUGGCUAUUUUUCGAUGGUAAAAGUAUCACCACUCAAUGCCAAUCACUAACUUUUGGAAGUGCUUCACACAAAAGUCAUUGAUAACAGAAUGUAUAGAGUUAAAGAGUAGAUCCACCAACAUUUGACUUGAAUGAAAUGGGCUGUGGAAGGACAGGUAGCCUUCUGUUCAUAAACUUCCUUUGCUGUGGUUUAUUAAUGCCUUGAUCAAAGCUGAUGGAAGCCUUACAUAAAAUAUCAAUCUGCUUCCUCUUUAAAGUUAUGGUCAAUUUAUUUCCUGGAUUUUGUUCCCUUUACGAAAAUGUAUUAUAGGCAAUUUAUCUAACACGGAGGUUUUCAGCUCGAAAAUCAGGAGGGUUGCAAUAGCUGGAAGAGUUAAGAGGACAAAGUAAGGGUGAACUAGAGUAACAGAUGUUAAUCACCCGGGCUUAUGUGAGCUGCAGGGAAAAUGAAACCACGUUUCAGAAGUUGUGCUUUCACACCCUUUCACAAUGAAAUGUCAACAGCAAUGAUGCAAAAACAGAAAACUGUGCCAACAUCAGUAAGCUGGUGCUGGCGCAGGAGGUUCAAGCCUACAACGUAAAUCCAACAUCUUUAUAAGGUUAAAAAUUUAUAGAGUUUAUUCAAAAGAACAUAACAUUUAUUUUGAGUUAUAUAGAUUUAAGCAUUGUAAUGUUCUUGUGCUUUAAUUUUUUCAUAGCCAUCGAACUGAGUGUCCUGCUACUAACGGCAUUAGUUUGAUUUGAAGCACAUACCCAGAUCUGUGAUGCAUUCAGUUUGUAUUGGUCCAUAUUAUAGAAAGCCCUUGCUAAGAUCAGUCGAGUCAACAAAUAUUUGAGUUAUCGACUGCUUAUUUUGUUUAUAGUUAAUUGUUACACAUCUGUCAAAGCAUGGCUAAUUUAUAAUAAACUCCAUUAAGCUAUUUGACAUUUUUGAAAUGAUUUUUCUUUGGUCAUUAAGUGAUUACUUAUGAACUGAGCGUUUUUAUGUGAUUUCUUUUUUAUUAAUGUGAUUAAAAGUACAAUGGUUUUUCAAAGUUUUUAUUGAUCACAUACCAAAUAAACAUUUUGCUG